GUUUCCGCUACAGGUCUUUUCACAGACUCUCAGGCUCUGGAAAGACUCUGGCGCGACCAUGUCACCUAGAAAAAACACUCGUUCCAAAGGUCCUCAAUACAAAAGGCAGGCGCCAGGGAGCGCAUCACCGAGCGGUGCUGAAGACUCACAAUCAGACUCUUUCCCUACUAGGAAGAGAAAGAAAUCACAUCACAGACAACCAGACUCGGAUUCAGAGACUGAACCAGGUGACACUGUCCCAUUAAAAGCUCGUGUUGACCGCCGCGUGCCAUCUUUGAGCGCUUCCGAGCAAGGCGACGCGUUGGACGUUCAACAAAGUGGCACCAGCAAUAUAGAUGACCACACAAUCCCGCAAGAGCCAAUCUUUUACGACGCCGAUGACGACGAGUUGCUUGAAGACCACAACCUGCAAAUCAUCGGGGAAACCGAUCCUAUCGAAUAUCAAGACUCUAAUGAUGCAGAGAGUGUCCCAGUCCGCGUACUCUCCGACUUUACAAUUUAUAAUAAGAAUACAAUGCAGCUCGUCCCUAUAGCUGAAUUGCUGCAUGUCAAUCUCACGGAAACUACGUCAUAUGGCGCGUCUGGUGUCGUGAAACCUUGGAUAGACGACGAAGAACUCGACGACGACGACGACGCUGACGAAGAAGAACUUGCUGAAGGAGAUUCGAUCUCUGACGAAAACCAAACACAGCGCGUCAGACUGACCAUGAUUCGCAAAUUCACCCUGCAUGACAUGAAGAAAACUGGUCGUGGAUUGGAUAGGUUGAAAUGCGAAGAUUUUGUCGAGACGUUAAAAAUCACACCGACGACCCCAGACGACAUCGCAAUUUCUAUCAAGAUAUUAGGGCGUGAACUUCGUGAAAGUGACUUGCUGUCCGAUGACGUUACGUCGUAUUUGAGGGCUACACUCGAAGAGCUUCGGGAAGAUGAAAAAAUAAAUCUCUUUCGCGUUCCGAUAAUGCGCACCCUUUUCGGACAAGAAUUCUUGUAUAAUGAAGAAAUUGGGACCAAGCGACCACCUCUAAAGAGGACCUCUACCAGUAGAUUUAAUAUUGAGAUGGACGUACUGAAACACAGGAACCAGACAGUCGUCACACCUGUCGUGGCAAGUAUUUCUCAACAGCUGUUUGAGCGGGUUCUCAAAAUUGCCGGCAAAUCACUCGCUGAAGACCAUAUGGAAGAAGACGAGCCUAGCCCAGCUCAUCACGCACCUUUCAUUCACGCCGCAAACCCAUCUUCAAUACAGUGGCUUGAACAGGCCAAUCACCCAGGUUAUUUUACUUCAGUGCUUAUUGACGGGCGCCAAUAUUCAGUAGGAGAUACUAUCAUGGUUGUGCCUGGUAUAGACGAAAAUGCUAUUCGUGCACAAAACGACAGUCGUGAUCAUACACAGUCACGAAACUCACUAGGAAACACUCAAUGGUUCUGUGUGAUACAAUAUUUAUUUGAGACAUCAGACGGACAUAAACGAUUCCAUGCUCAGUGGCUCGCUCACAGCUCUAAAACACUGUUGCAAGAAACCGGUCAUCCUCACGCUUUAUUUCUCAUGACCACUGAUUGUGAAGAUAUAGACCUUGAAGCCAUAUCACAAAAGUGCAAUAUUCGGCAGCUUUCAGUGGAACAAGACGAACCGCCUGAAAACAGCUUUACCCAAGAAAACGAUUUCUUUAGCGGGCUAGCUUGGAAUACCCAUGAUCAUUCGUUGAUUGACCUUCAUCCCGAAGACGUCGCCCGCGCUCUUGCUCACUGCACAGAAGGGGAGCCAUGCUUUUCUUGUGGUCUCAGGAAUAGCCGCGAGGCAGAAGCAAGCCCGAGUCCUCUACCAGGCUGUGGCUUUACUCACUACAGUGUGAAAUAUCAUGUGCAUGAUUUCGUCUACAUCAAAUCGUGCUCACCCAACAUUCUGGAGUACGACAUUGGACAGAUUGUCAAGGUCAAGGCCAUGGAGAGACCACCGACUAUUACUGUUAGGCUGUAUGGCCGUUACGAUGACAUAGUCCGCCGCGUUCGCGGCAAACGCGACAAAUUUCAGGUUCUGGGAUCUGAUGAUCGUCGUCUAUUCAAAACAUCUAAAUUUAAGGCGGUAACCACAGACACUAUAGAUGGCAUGUGCUACGUGAUGCAUAGUAGUCGUGACGAUACAAUCGACGAUUGGUGCAAACACGACAAUCAUUUUUAUGUGCACCAAUAUGCUAACUCUCUGAAAACUGAUUCGCUGGAAGAGCUAGAAGAGCUAGAAGAGAAGAAUUUCACGUACUGUAAACAAUGCUACGAAGAUCGAAAGCAGACUCUGCGUCACACGGAGGAGCUGCUCCAGAAAAACGAGCCGCUUAGAGGCCUAGAGUUAUUCAGUGGCGCUGGUGGUCUUGGGACCGGGCUUGAUAUGUCUGGUUUCGUCGAAACGCGUUGGGCUGUCGAGUUUUCACCUAGCGCUGCAAUGACUUACCAGGCUAAUCAUUCCCAUACUACUGUUUACAACCAGUGUACGAAUGUGCUACUUCAACAUGCUAUUGAUACACACGAAGGAAAGAAUCCAAAGCCUCUCAAAGGUAUUCAUAGUGGUAAAGUCCUACCUGGAAUGCCGAAGCCAGGGGACGUUGAUUUUAUAUACGGAGGUCCUCCGUGCCAAAGUUUCAGCGGUAUCAACCACUGGAAAAAAGCAAACGAUAUACGGAGUACUCUGAUCUGUAAUAUGCUUUCCUAUGUCGAAUUUUAUCGACCUUCGUACUUCCUGCUGGAAAACGUGACCGGAAUAUUAAAUUAUCGUUUGAAAGGUCGCAUGGAAGGUCGCAGCACAGUGGACGGUAUCGAGAUGGGUGUCGUUAAGUUCAUCCUCCGGUCACUGGCCGCUUUGGGCUACCAAAUCAGAUUCAACGUGCUGCAGGCUGGCCAAUAUGGGGCUCCACAAGGACGUCAGCGUGUGAUAUUCUGGGGCGCAAAGCGAGGACUUUUGCUCCCCGAACUGCCCAUUCCAACUCACGGUUUUGUUUCUCGUAACUACAAAGUUUCGACUGGGACCAGACUUCCUCGGAUGACACGGUCAAAGGAUCCCACUGACGAUCACCUUUGCUCGCCAUUCCGCGCUGUCACGAUAAAUGACGCUAUCGGGGACCUGCCUGGCUUUGAUUGGAUCAACCCUCACUUAGUGUAUCCUUCCACCUCGCGAGACAAAACGGAGAAACGCACUCGAGAGACUGAACAUGGCAUCCUGGCAUUUGAUGCAGGAUACGAAGAUAGACGCUCGCAAAAGUAUCCUGGGUAUUCGAAGCCCAUGUCAUAUGCCCACCAGCCGAUGACUAGAUAUCAGAAAUGGAUUAGAGGUAGCCAAAAGAAAGUAAAAUAUCAAUAUACCCGGCGAUUCGGUGAUGGUAUAAUAGAACGUGUUAUUAAUGUUCCAUUGAAGCCAAACGCGGAUUAUCAUUCACUUCCCAAAAAGUUGCAUAUGAAGAUGUUCGAUAAAAAGGGCGCCAAGGAGCGAUUUAGAGGUUUAUAUGGGAGGUUGGAUGGCGAAUCCCAGUUCAAGACGGCACUCACGACAGUUGCCCCAAAUGCGAAAGGUGGUAAUCUUUUACACCCGUCGCAAAAGCGGAUCGUAACCGUUAGAGAAUGCGCUCGAGCCCAGGGUUUUCCUGACUCUUAUGAGUUUUUGUCGGUGAACACAGGACCUGAAAAAAUAGUUGCUGAUACACCGACAAAUCGGAAACGCUGUGCCAGUGCCAUUGGCACUUGCACUAGGAAAGUCCCUGGGUCAGGCACUCAUCAAGACUUGGGCAGAAAAGGAAAGAAGGGGAAGCCCAGAGGUGUAGGACAAUAGAGUGAAGCACAAAUUGGAAGGUUUUAGAACUCGUCGCAACAGUAAUUGAAAUUGUGAUGGUGUGAUACUAGUCAAUCAUCCGUGUAAUUUUUUACUUUACAAAGUCACACUAGCAUCGGUUCUUCUUGUGUUGUUUCCAAGCAAUAAUUAAUCCCUAGCCAGCAUGA